AUGAGCACAUUAUCUGUAUUGAUCGAAGCAUCGUCUUGUUCUUGGGGGAAACUAGCUAGUCAGCAUGGUGAUAGAACAAUUGGAAUAAUCCUUCGUUCUAUUGUUUCAUUCUGCAAUGCACAUUUGGGUCAAUCCGCAUCUAAUCAACUUCUCGUUUUCGCAUAUGGGCGGAAUGAAUCGAAAAACAUGAUAUAUUCAUCGGCCAGAUCUGAUGAUAGGAACGCAUCCUUCAUUGUUGUUGAUAGAUUGAAAGACUUAUUAACAAAUGAUUCCGGAAACUCUGAUGCAACGAUAGGAGCUCCUCUUGGACCUGCAUUGGCUCACGCUUUCUGUCACAUGAAGAAAGACAGUAGAAUAACAACUGCGGAUCCAUGUGACGAUUCUCUUGGACCAGCUGCUACUUCCGAACAAUCAGAAUCCUCUACAGAGAAAGUGACGAAUCGAGCAGUUGUGAUCUCUAUGUCACCAAUAAUGGGAAGUGAACAUGGCUCACUGAUGAAUCUGUUCUUUUCCGCUGCCAAACAGUCCAUAUGUGUAGACGUUGUUUCAAUGGGAGACGACUUCACUGGCGGAAUUCUUCAACAAGCUGCCGAUAUCACUGGUGGCUCGUUUCUUCAUGCCCAAAAACCACCAGCUCUUUUAAAAAUACUAAUGACUAACAUGCUCACUGAUCCAUCUUAUCGUACUGCUUUCUCAAAGCUAUCCCACAGUUCUGUCGAUUACCGAGCGUCUUGUGCCUGCCAUCACAAACUUGUCUCAUCCGGAUGGGUUUGCUCUGUCUGUCUAUCCGUCCUCUGCCAAUAUACUCCAAUCUGUAAAGUAUGCCGAGCAGCUUUCACGAUCACAAAUAUCCCGAAGAAGCCUAACAGAAAGCGUACACUCAGAUCUUAA